AGAAGGUGAUGGAAUUAGUCAGGUGUCCAGAGCACGGGACCUUCUGCUUUCUGAAGACCGGCAUCCGCGAUGGCGUGAAUAAAGGAAAGAGCUUCUACGUGUGCCAGGCGGACAAAUGCAACUUCGUGCGGGCCACCGACAUUCCUGUUUCUUGUUGUUUAUUGCAUGAGGGCUUUGUGGUGGAGCUUCAGGCCUUACUUCUACUACAGGGCACAAAAGAAUAUAGUUUGUUCUUCCGAUGCAUUAGAAGUAAGGCCGAGAGGAAGCAAUGGUGUGGACAUAUCCCAUGGCAGGAUCCUAAUUCCAAAGAGCAUUCUAUAACCAGUAAGUCUCAGCAUGCAUCUGCACCACUCCAUUAUCCUUCCAUCCAGCAGAGAAACCCGUUCAAGGUACUGGACAAGAAUCAAGAACCAUCUCUGUGGAAACAGUUCAUCAAAGGUGAAGAUGAGAAAAAGAUGACUGAUAAGAAGCAAAGGGAAAAGAUAGACCCACUCUUGGGUCAGAAGAAGGAACAGAAUCCUGAAUCUAACUGCUGGAUGGAGAAAGAUCUUUCAUCUGGCCUGGUGGUAAAGGAAAAAUUGGCAGGUCAAGAGAAGCCGCGAGGGGAGAAAACAGAGCUUCGGUGUGAAGCAAAGGAGACUGAAGAGAGGCACAAAAGAAACCCUUUUGAGAUUCAGUCCAAGCAGUGCCAUGGUAAUGAGCUGAGAAAACCAUCUACGUCUCCUCAGGAGAAACCAAAUGCUGGGAGUCAUGUCCAAAAAGAAUCAGAACCUCAGAGAGAAAAGAAAACCAAGCCUUUGCCUCAAAUUGUUCACAGCCAAAACCCAAUGAACAAGCCCCUGGAAGCAGAACAUCUCAGCAAGGAGCAGCCCAAGAGCUGGGAGGCUAGAGAAACAAAGGCAAAGGAUGACCCGAGCACACAGACCACCCAGAAGAGGCUGCCCCAGGGGCAUGUCCAGGCACAGUCAGAGCCCCGUCGCGCACCUGCUCCGAAAGGACCGGCCGCCCAGUCUGUGCCACCAGCUGCAGGGCCUUCCCUCAGAGAAAGGCGAGAAGUGGACACAAGCAGUGAUGACAGUGAGGAAGAUGAUGUUGUUUUUGUUUCCUCUCGGCCAGGGAACUGCUCAGUCUUAGACGUGAUUUCAGACUCACAGAAGAAGGAGAACCUUCCAUUCCCUGGUCAAACUGGGCAAAGAAAAGUGUCUCCUGCCUCAGGUGUUUCUAAGAAGGUGGUAGAACCCUCAGACCCAGCAGCCCAACGUGCAUACCUCACAACACAACUGAAACAGAAGAAGAGCACACUGGCAUCAGUGAACAUUCAUGUUCUUCCAGACAAAGGUCAGAAGUUACUUAAGCAAAUCCAGGAGUUGGAGGAAACACUUGGUGCUCUCGCCCUCUCUCCAGAGCAAGGCAUUGAUGAGAAGAGUAACACUAAAGUACCACAACAGAGUAACUUCACCAGAACUACCACUGUCCCUCCCCACUUGGUGCCACCCAAACCUCUCCAGGGUCGGGCUGUCCAGCCUCUGGGUUCGCUAGGACUGGAGGCUGCCUGCCAGGGAGCUGCUGGACAGUCCAGUCAGUGCUACGGAGGCCCUAAGAACCAAGGUCACCUUCACACCGUGCGGAAAAUCAUAAGUGACGCCAUUGAUGAGCUGCAUCAAUCACUUGAGACAUGUCCGGGUGAGACAGCUGUGGCAGAGGAUCCAACUGGGUUGAAGGUCCCUUUGCUACUGCACCAGAAGCAGGCAUUAGCCUGGUUACUAUGGCGAGAAAAUCAGAAGCCACCAGGAGGAAUUCUGGCGGAUGACAUGGGAUUAGGAAAAACUCUGACAAUGAUUGCACUCAUUCUGACCCAAAAGGAUCAAGAGAAAAACAAAAAGGACAAAAACAUGCCCUUGACUUGGCUUUCCAAAGAUGACUCCACUGAAUUUACUUCCCAUGGAACACUUAUCAUCUGUCCUGCUUCCCUGAUCCAUCACUGGAAAAAGGAGGUGGAGAAACGUGUGAGCAGCAACAAGCUAAGAGUCUAUCUCUAUCAUGGGCCAAACCGGGACCAACGUGCAAGAGUCCUCUCUACAUAUGAUAUCGUGAUCACCACCUAUAGCCUUCUGGCCAAGGAGAUCCCUACCAAGAAGCAAAAGGAACAGGUCCCGGACACAAACCAUAGUGAGGAGCGUGUCUCAGCACCUUUGCUUCGAAUAGUCUGGGCACGAAUCAUCCUGGAUGAAGCUCACAAUGUUAAGAACCCCCAAGUGCAGACUUCUAUAGCUGUGUGUAAGCUACAAGCACGUGCCCGUUGGGCUGUCACUGGAACCCCCAUUCAGAACAACCUGCUGGACAUGUAUUCACUGCUAAAAUUUCUCCGUUGUUCUCCAUUUGAUGAGUUCAAUCUGUGGAGGAGCCAUGUUGACAAUGGUACAAAGAAAGGAGGUGAGCGGUUAAGUAUUUUAACCAAGAGCCUUUUGCUGCGGAGAACAAAAGACCAGCUGGACUCCACUGGCAAGCCCUUGGUGAUGCUGCCCCAGCGUAAAUUUCAGUUGCACCAUUUAAAGCUUUCUGAAGAUGAAGAGGCUGUUUAUAGUGUCCUUUUUACAAGAUCGAGGUCAGCUCUACAGUCCUAUCUAAAAAGACAGGAAAGAGGAGACAACCAGUCUGGACGAAGCCCUGAUAAUCCAUUCAGUAGAGUGGCACAGGAGUUUGGGUCCAGUGGGCCUGGACACUCUGUGGCCGAAGACUCACAGAGAUCCAGCACCGUCCACAUAUUGUCACAUUUGUUGAGACUUCGCCAGUGUUGCUGUCAUCUUUCUUUGUUGAAGUCGGCCCUGGAUCCGACAGAACUGAAGAAUGAAGGCCUGGUCUUGUCCCUGGAGGAUCAGCUCAGUGCUUUGACCUUGUCCGAGCUCCAGAACUCGGACCCAUCUACUGUUUCCCUUAAUGGCGAGUGCUUCAAGGCGGAGCUUUUUGAAGACAUGAGAGAGAGCACCAAGAUCUCAUCUCUGUUGGUAGAAUUGGACGCAAUCCAAAGAAAUGCAGGGUCUCAAAAGAGUGUCAUUGUCUCUCAGUGGACCAGCAUGCUGAAGGUGGUAGCGAGGCACCUGAAGAGGUACAAACUGACUUAUGCCACCAUCGAUGGCUCUGUCAACCCCAAACAGAGAAUGGACUUGGUGGAGGCAUUUAACAACUCCAGGAGCCCUCAGGUUAUGCUAAUCUCUCUUUUGGCUGGAGGUGUUGGUCUAAACCUGACUGGAGGAAAUCAUCUUUUUCUUCUGGAUAUGCACUGGAAUCCAUCACUCGAAGAUCAAGCUUGUGACCGAAUUUACCGAGUAGGACAGCAGAAAGAUGUUGUCAUACACAGAUUUGUUUGUGAGGGAACAGUGGAAGAGAAGAUCUUGCAGCUCCAAAAGAAAAAGAAAGAUUUGGCCAAACAGGUUCUAUCAGGAUCUGGAGAAUCUGUCACCAGGCUCACCUUGGCUGACCUCAAAGUCCUUUUUGGCAUCUAACUUCCUGUUUAUAGGGCUCAGAAUGGUGUGGCACUGUUGGUUUGUAUUAGGGUCUAGGGGCAUAACCUACUCGUGGUCCUUCGAGCUCUUCCUGGCGUUCCAUUUCACCAUCAAGCCCGAGGCCCUCCCCACAGCGAGGCAUACUUUAAUCCCCAGAAUUGAGAACCAGUUAUCAUGUUAACCAAUUGGUCAGUCAGUCAACUUAUUUGAUGAAUGACAUACAAGUUAAUACAUGACUUCAGAUAAAAGAAAGUGUUUUAGUGUUAGAUGAUUUUGGAAAACCACUCUGGGAGAGUUGUGCAUAAGCUUCAAUAAAGGUCUGUUGCCUUUCUUGUCUCAGCUGAUGGGGGACCUAGUGUUAUUACCUUUUGUAACACAGACUCCGUCCCAUCUCUUUUCUCUCCUGCCGAUGAGGCUGCUCCUGUGACCAUCUCUUUAUGGGCCACGCGGAGAGCAGACCCUCCAGCCAUUCCUCUGUAGUGUCCUCACUUCAGGCACUGCUCCCCUGAGGGGUAAGAUCAAGGAGGUGCUUUGUACAUCAUUUAGGGUUAUACCAUUUCAUACUGCCAUCAUAUC